AUGUCGGGUAUAUUCCAAGACAAUUGUCAAUGGCUUUCCGUCACGGAGGAAACCCUGUUUCUGCACGACGGACUGAUCAGGGUCACAGAUUUAGUAGAACUUCCUCGUGAUGUUAAUAGUUCCUCAGAAGGUGACAAUGAAGUCGUUACGUUUGAUUUGAAGACACCGAAAGAAUUAAGUGAUCGAUUGCUUGCUGUUUGUGGUACUCAAAAUAAUGCUUACUCUAGGUUGCUCGAAUAUCGCUUGAAUGCACUUAGGGGCUAUUGGAAUGCACAAAGGCAAGUGUUGAUCGACGAACAACAGGACCGAGAUAACUCCACGCACGAGGAAACAAUAGCACUUUUGAAGAAGCAAGGUAUAUUUAAAGAUCCAGAACAAGCUUCAUUUUCUACUCGAAUCAGUGUGCUCUUGGUGAUUCCACUUUUACAAUCUCAAAGUAGAGUGGAUCCUAACCUUUGUGGCGUCACAGCAGAGCUUCUUUUGAACUGUCUCAGGGAUUGUGCUCCAUUGACUUUAUUUAAGGAACCGGGUGAUUGCUUGAGAGGUCUUGAAAAUCUUCUUUGUACUUGGCUUGGAGAAGAUACCAGUGAUGUUGCCAAUAAACAAUUGGUUAAAGAUGCUGCACAGCGUAAAAAUACAGCUGCAGCACUUGUUGCACUUGCUUGUGCAAGAGGUCACCUAAAGACGUUCAUACACACAGUACACCUUCUUCAGUCACUCUCAGACUUGGACAGUUUGCCUGUAGCUGACAUACUCACACGACUUCUGGAAACAGAGGGUGGUCAGACUCAGCCCACAGCCAUACUAGGCACUAAGCAUGUCCUUUGUUGGGGCUUUGAGGACUUACUUGGAGGAGCUGAUAAGGAGACGACCAAUGGGAAUAAAGAUAGCAAAGACAGUGAUGUUGGGCGCAGCAUCACUUGUGAUGGAGUAUUUCUCUAUACAACCAAUUCACAGGGAAAAGGUUUAGCUAAGAUGGGAACUGGACUUCAUGGCUCCCUCAGAGGUUAUGUGUAUGCUAGAAACGCUGACUUAGGCCCAGGGAAAGUUGCCUUUGGUAAUGGUAUACUACUCUACAGACCACAGACUUAUGACCAGGAAGCAAAUCUCACAAAUAUGUGUCAGCUCAUUGACAUCAACUCCUUACAGUGUGUGAAGACGGUACCCAAACCCGAGGAGUACCUCCACGAGGGACCUCAGACAACUAUAGCAUUUUGUAGUGAUGCUACCUACUUCUAUUGGCUGUGGUGUCCUGGCCUCGCCUCAGACAAAAGCGUGAAAGGACUCAAUGUGUAUCUAGAUGUCUUCUCCCUUGAGGUUUGGGAGAGUAUCAAGCCACUACAACCUCGUGUGAUUCUGCAGAAGAAGGAUGAAACCAGUGCCAAAUCCAUUAAUGAAACACUGCUCUCCCGUUUACGUCCCUUUAGAGGGAACUCUUCAGCUGCUACUCUUGUAGCACUAACAGGAGGGGAUUCUACACCAGGAAGAAAAGAUGAUUCAACGCUGAUGGUGGGGAGCACCUCUUGUGGUGUGUCCAUGAAGAGUCUGGUGAAAGCCCCCGUGUACUGUGAUGGCAGUACCUUGGUGGUACUCACACCCAUGUCUGGUACUGGUGGUAACAGCUCAGCUUCUCGUUCACUGUUUGGUACAGGAGGCAAUCUCUCAGGUUUUAGAUUGUUGGCAAGUAAUCUGUGUUUCAAUGUGAAAGAUGGCCAGUUUAACACCAGGAUAGACCUGACUGAUGCUCCUACUUGUUCCCUGGGGAGGGGCGCUCCCCUGGCUGGACUUGGCCUUUGUUUUGACGUAACUAAUAACUCUAUAUGGAUGUCCAGCAAUGAUUGGGUGGAUCAGUUCUAUAACCAUGGCCACCAGGCACCUCACCAUAUCAACCGACGUCUCAAAAUAUCACCGCCUGGUCCACUCCAGUCAGAUGGAAACAAUAUAGAGACUGAGGUGGUGAUUAAACACAUUCUGCACCACGUAGGAAGUAUGUGUUUACACCAGAUCAACAACGACUUGCUGCACACACCGCUUGGCUCCUACAUUCUCCAGCAGCAUCCUGCUGAUUUAACACACAUGACACGGAUCUGUCACAUCCUGCAGCGCUCUAUAGAGAGACAAGACAGUCAGGUUGUCAUCUGUACACUCAUCAUCUUACAGUUAAUAUUCAAGAUCAGUAUGUUUAAGAGGGAGAGAGAAGGAGAGGUGCAGCUCUUACAGAAAGCCAGCUCUCUAGUAUGGCACUUGUUAACUGAUUACCCUCAGUUAUCUCAGGACGACCCAAAACUGACUGCAGUCCAGAACGAGGCAUGUGAGGUCUUAACGUCUGGGCUACAUGUCCUCUACCCAAAACCUGAGGAUAAAAACAAGCUUCUCUUCCAGCUUCUUUCUGAUGGUGGCCAGAAUCCAUCGCUGAAAAACCUGAGGAAUAUGAUUCUGAUUGACUUGUCAGAGAAGCUUCGUGCCCAGGCUCUGUCUCGGGAUGAGAUGAAGUAUGUCCGGUUAAAAGAUGACCUUGUUAAUUACAUACUGAAGACAGCGGUCAAGGAGUCCUGUAUGUUGUUACGGGAGUCACUCACCCUGGACAAAGCCCAGUUUGAGGUCCUGCAGGCCUCUGUUCCGCAUGCUUCAUCAUGUCUGCGCUUUAUGAUGGCACUGCAGUCACAUCUUUUACGAGAAGUUGUUCUUCUGAAAUCUCCAGACAAUGGAGAUGAGAGUCAGGCAGAGUAUGAGACAGAACUCAGGGAGUUGCAGUUGAUGAUAAUUACUUUAGCAUCUAGCAUCUUUGAUGGUUCAUGUCAGGUGUUGGAGGUGCUGCUGGAGACCUGUAACUCUAUCAUAACACAGUACAAAGAUGACCUGGAAUGUCGGCUCCAGGGACUUGAGCGAAUUUCAAAGGCAACCAUUCUUGGUCACUUGCUGCCUGCCCUUUUAACUACAAUGACACACUCUAAUUUACGUUGGCUAUCUUUGGCCGAUACACUCAUGCCAAAACUUGUCCACCUUGUUGUACUGACAAGUCAGGCUGCCUUACUGCUGAAAAGUCAAGUCCAGGCUGUUAUACAGGAAGAGAUGGAUACAGAGUCAGAUCUUGAGGUCAUCGACCUGAUUGGUCAACCGAUCAAUACCUCUAUGAGUGAAUUGAAAGACAAGGAGGAGCAAGGUUUCCUGGCUGGCCUCAAGAUCCCUGCCCCUUGGGCAUCAGGCAAAGCUCUGGAGAGCAUCCACCCUGUACGAGAUAACUACAAGUUUAAAGAGACUGUACAUAUCCCAGGGGCUCGCUGUCUAUACUUGAGGUUUGACCCAAGGUGCUCGUCACAGUAUGAUUAUGACAAGCUGGUGCUGUAUGCUGGAUCAACAACCAGUGCUAAAAAGGUGGCAGAGUAUGGAGGGAACACGUUUGGUUUUGGCAGCAGGAGUGUGCUUGGUUCAGGCUGGCCCAAAGACCUUGUCAAGGUUGAUGGUGACAGUGUGACAUUCUCCUUUGAGAUGCGGAGUGGCCGUGAGCAUAACACUCCAGAUAAGGCAAUGUGGGGAUUCCAUGUUACGGUUCGGGCUCAGGAGUCGACAGAAGAGGUGUCCAGUGGUCUCCCUUUCCUGGCAGACUUGGCCCUUGGUCUGUCUGUUCUGGCCUGUACAAUGCUUCAGCUGCUGUACCAUGGACCAGAAACAUCCCGAGAGGAGGGUAGCUGUGCUCACCUACUCAAGUCAAAGUUCCUACAGAGGUGUGUGUGGCAGUCCCCAUCAGUACUGACGUUGUCCCCCUCCAGUUCCCCUCAGCAGGUUGACACACAAUCCCCUCUCCCCAGGGUCAGACUCCCUUCAGAGGUCCUUCAAGGCCUUCGUAAACUCUCCAAGCGUCAAAGGGUGCCACUCAGACAGAGCAUCAGGGAGAUUCUACAGCCAGAAGAUUUGGAGGAGAGAAUAGUGUCGACUGUGAUAAAACAUCUGUCUUUAGAAGAUACAGUACACCAUAUCAUGUCCGAGGAACGGGAACACUCGGACGAGUUCUCACUGCUGUGUGUUGUGGUGGAGGAAGUGUACCGCCGAUUCAACACCCUGAUGAGACAGUUGCAGGGCCUGGCCGAUCUAGAACAGAGAUGGUACAAUGAGGUACAGGAACAUAAAGCUGACAGUCAACAGACUCCUCCAUUUUUCCAUGAUUAUCAUCUACAGGAGGGUAACAUGAAGGAGCUCAAUAUGCUGUGCUUUGUAAAGGAUGUCCAGUUAGACCCUGCUGAGGUGGAGGAGGCCAUGAAGAUGUUAAGAUCAAAGUUUGAUGAGGAUGUCAGAUCAAAUGAGGUUGUCGCCAAGGAGAUGUGUAUGGUACGAACUAAACAUAUUGUAAGAGGAAUCAUGUCCAGACUUGACCUGCUACUACAGGUGACCAUUACCCCACAUUACAGUGAGAUGAUGACCAGGACGGUCUCCCACUACUCAGAAAUUCCACAGACAGGUGCUUCAGUGAGGUCUGAUACUGACAUGGCACAGUCUGUCCAUGUUUUAUCACGGAGUCUGUCAGCUCCAACGGGUGUGGAGAGUAUUUAUGAUGACAGGAAGCGUCAUGGCCAGAGGAAAGGCCCAGCAUCUGUACUCCAAGAACUGGUGGAGGAUGACAACAAGGACAUACCCCCGCAUGUGGUGUUAGUGGAUCAACUCUUUUCCUUUAUAGGAAGUGACCCUGAAAAAGCUAUUUCCAGUAAGGACUUCUUGUCUGCGGCUCAGACACGCUGGCGUCGUGGCAACACACGUAAACAGGCACUUGUACAUAUGAAGGAGUUACUGAUGGCGGCAUCUCGUGUUGGAGGUGCCACUCACCUGGUGGCAGCAGUCACAGCUGUCUUACAACAUGGUCCAUGUGUUGAAGAACUGACCUGUGGUGGGAUGGUGAAUCAGGUGAGAGAAGCUUUUGCAGAAACCAUGACAUCUGUGGUACAAUUGGCUGCUCGGUAUCCCAUCGCCUGCUGUAAUAGUAUCGGUCUGCUCUGUAUCAUACCCUACACAAGGGCGGAAGAGAAAUGCCUGGUGCGAUCUGGACUGGUCCAUUUGUUAGACAAGUUAUGUAGUCUAGCCAAUCACAGGACAGACAGCUCUAACACAGAGACCCAAUCAACCAAUCAGAAAGUCUCUGCCAUGGCUUGGGCAGGAUUUCAGGUCCUUGCAAACCGCUGUGUUAUGUGGGAAACAGAGGAUGGCCUACACCUAGAACAGUUGGAACACUCUGGUCUAGCUCGCCAGGUGUCUGUGUUACUGACCAAUCAUCUAGCUCGUGCUACGGAGUGUAUAGGUAAUGAGGCUGCUGGCACAGAAGCCUUACAGGACGUACUCAGUCUCCUCAACAAUCUGUCUCGUAGUCGCAUGGGAAGAGCUAUCCUUAGCCAGCCAGCGUGUGUCUCCAAACUGCUCUCACUGUUGCUUGACCAAAGGCCAUCGCCAAAGCUGGUGCUGAUUAUAUUACAACUGUGUCGAGUGGCUCUUCCUCUGAUGAGUACACUAGACUGUGAAACAGUAGAAUUGCCAGCCUGGGGUCAGCACCUUUACUCCAGUCACUGGAGCUCAGCCAAGUCUAUCUCGGAUCCCCCAGCUAAAAUUGUCAGCCUCUUGCUGGCAAAACUCGGAGACUUCCUUGUUCCAGGAGACCAUGCAACAAUCUGUAGUCGACGCCCAUCAACUGACAACCUUCACCGUGGGGCAUCUAAUGGGGGUUUGGACAAGGACAAAGUGGAGGAUAGUGAUAUACAGGCUGGCAGACUGUCAGUAUUCAUACACAAACGGGAGGACCAACUGUCUCACGAGGUCAUACAGCCACUCCUUAGCUCAGACAAUCGCCCGUUCAGACUUGGUGGUACUGCCAACAUGGAGAGGGUGGUGCGUAUGGACAGAGAGAUGACAAAGUAUGGUAAAGCAGAGGUGACGACAGAAGAUGCAGGUAGCGCCUUAAAGAAGGCAGCCAAAUGGGCCCAGAUGGGGCUGGUGGUGUCAACAGGGCCACCCAUAGACACCCAGCAGCCAGAGCCACCUGCAGGGGACAAGAAGAAGACAGCCUUUGAGGUGGUGUGUAGGGAGAGGAAUUCUGAACUGGCAAGGACUGACCCAGUGAGACCGUUUAUCAGUGGACAUGUAGCUAACAGCAUGGCUGCUGAGGUGAUUGCUCUCCUGCAUGGUCUGCUGACUGCCCCAGAGACAAACACUGCCCAGUCCUGGGCAGAGGCUGUACAAAGGGUGUUGAACAACUCGUUAACAUGCCUUCCUUUGCUGUACUCUGGUCUGGAUGCCUUGGGUUCUCCUCGCACCAGCUGUAAACAGCUCAUGUCGAUGGCUAAGCUAGCCAAUGCCGCGCUGUGUGCUCUUGGUGGAUUCAAGGAGAUAAUAAAGCCAGGAUGUAAUGCAAGGGUGGUGGGGGCAGGUAUCCACAAUACCACAGGUACUGUAUUGAGUGUGUCGGAACAAACUGGUAUGGCUACUCUCCAGCUUGAUACCGACCCAAAUCUGAUGUACACACCUCGCUUUAGUGACACAAUACAAGUCCCUGUCACUCGACUACAACCAAUCAGAAACGAGAUCUACACUUCUCACCAAGUUCCUGUCACUGAAGCAGUUGUGAUGGCAAUCAAAGCCAUUUUGUUGCCCCAGGAUGACAACCAGUCACUGAUGCAGCAGUCACUGCCUAUCAAUGGAGACGGAAAUAGUCUGAACAACGAAACAUGUCGUGUGGUUGCCGAGCUACAGACACGUGCAUGCAUGGUGCUGGCAUCCUAUCUACAAGACAUUGAUUUCACCAAGGAAUUUAUACAGCACUGUGGAUCCACCAUAGAUGUUCUCAAGUCUCUCGCCAAGGACUGCAGUACAGGUGAUCGAUUACCAGUGAUAGAGUCUCACUGUACUCGUCUGAGGCUGCUGUACCGUGAUUGUGCCAAACCUCCUCCUCCACCAAGUAAGGUGGACACAAGAACAAACAAAGAAAUGAUCUGGGAUGCAGUAAGGACCUACCCCCCUGUCAGGGCUUGUGUCUUUUCCUCAGGGAUGACAGGUGUCACCUUUCUGGGUGACCCCAACACUGGCAGUGGUCUACCUAGAGGCACACUGUUGUAUGCUAACUUGCCCAUACCACUACAGGCACCAGCCUUUUACUGGGAGCUAGAGGUAUGUUCAUUUGGGGACAGCCAAGAGGAGGGAGGAGCUAUUAUAUCAUUUGGAUUUGCUCCCUCCGCUGAAAAGAAGGAUGGUGCUUGGACGAAUCCUGUUGGAACAUGUCUCUGUCUCAAUAACGGAAAGGCUGUACACUACAAUGGAGCCAGUCUGCUUCAAUGGAGGAGUGUUCGACUAGAUGUUUUCCUUAAUGCUGGUGACAUCGCAGGAAUUGGCUGGGAGAGGACAGGUGAUGCCCCCGCCCAUGGGCAGACUCCUCGGGGGCGGGUUUACUUUACACACAACGGUCAACGUCUGAAUGCUUUUAUGGACGACGUUUUAGGGGCUAUGUAUCCUGUUGUACAUAUACAAAAGAAGAAUACCAGAAUUCGUGCUAAUUUUGGAGCAAGACCAUUUGCAUUUGCGGAAGGCCAGCAGCACAGGGAUGCUGCAGAUGCUGCUGAUGAUCUAACCAGAGAGAUGAGAGAAAGCUUCGGCCAGCUGCCAUUCCAUUCUGCCUCUGACAGCGAGAGUGAUAGCAGCCUCCCAAACACGCCAGAAGCCACAACAGCCGAGGUGGUCAAAUCACCAACUGGCCCACCUUCCAAGAUGGCUGUCAUACCCAAAGCACAAAAAGAGUAUGAGCCUGAAGGAUGCCUACAGUACAAGUUGUUCAGUAGUUAUGAUAACUUUGUGACAACGGGGCCAGACCAGCGAGCUAACCCUGCCCCCCAGGAUGAUGAGUCAGAUGAGGACAUAGUCGAGGAUGAUCAGGGAUCUGAAGAUCACUAUGCUCUCCUAGUCAAGGCUUGGGAGCAGAAAGUGUUCCCUGUUAUACGACGACGCUUCAGGAAUGAAGCUGAACGUAAAGAUGGACUGGAACAAAUUAGAGGAGCUCUACAAUUAGGAAUGACAGACAUUGCCCGACAGACAGUUGAGUUUCUAUAUGAGGAAAAUGGCGGUAUCCCACGCGACCUACACCUGCCAACAAUAGACGACAUCAAAGAGGACCUUGCCAAAUUCACCAUAGAGCGAGUUAAGAAGGGAACAGCAGUAGUGAUAAGGAAUACCGCUGAAACAAGUACAGCAGGAACUACUGUGCUGCCAAAGUUUGCUGUCCGGAGCAUGUUGAGGACGUUUGGUCUCACUGGCACUGUGCUAGAUGUAGACAAUUCUAAUGAGCUGGUACAAGUGGAAACCUACUUGAGAAGUGAAGGUGUACUAGUGAGGUUCUGGUACCCCAUAGAUAUGUUAGAACGGCCCGCUCAAGGACUACGACGUUCAACCAUUACAGGGGGUCAAAUCAUGGACACCAGUAAUGUACACAUACACAAGGAACUUCUUCGAAGUGAAUCUGUAUUGGUGCGCAUGUACUGCAGGACUGCUCUACUCAAACUCAUAGAUCACUGUAACUCUCCAGCCAUGGAACUGGGGUCAUGUUCAGCAAGCCUUGGAUCAGGGAUGGCUGCAAGUGCUGCCCUACUACAGCAGUUGGACAUUGAAAACCUACAGCUGCUAUCCAAUGAGCUGUUGUGUGCUCCCCAGCCCCACGGCACAAUCAAGGCUUCCUCCCUCACCAUGGCCUCCUCGCUCCAACAAUGUCUGUCAAGUCAGUCAUGUCUGCUUACUCGUCUUCUCUACUGUGAUGAGGACAAACUCAAACGAGAGCUUGCAGUGGCCAUUGCACGGGCGGCCAAUCAGGGGGAAGAUUACCUCAUAGAACUGACCAAUCAACUGUGCUUGUGCUUACAGACUUCCCCAGAGAUGUUCCCAUAUGAAGAAUUUCCGGUGACUGAGGUCAAGGUAAACACGGACAUUGACUUUCCUGGGGCAGCUUGUCUGGUAGUGUCCUGUAAAACUGACCUUAAAGCUGCUAAGAAGGAUACAUCCUUGUACAAAUCUCCAUGGGCUCGAGUUUUCUCCUACACAGGCCAUCGUGUCAAGAAAACUGGUCAGGCAACCAAACAGGAAGUGGUUAGUUACCCAAGGGACACAUCAUCGACUAGUAAUCAAAAUGAACAGUAUACGCCUGCAAUUGUUCCAUGUGACCGUAUACACCUGAGAGUGGGUGUGUCCCCACCUCCUGGGGUACUGCUCACCAUCCACGCCCUUCCCCCACAAUUCCUACUGGCAGUAGCAUACAUUGAGACCCUGAUAUCCGACCGGUAUGGUUGUGGCACUCAUAGCUGUGGACCACAGGACAGUACAUCUCCUGAGGUCAGUAACAAAUCUCUUGCAGGCAAGGACAUGCAUGAGAGUCUGUGGAGUGUGGACAAUAUUGUGAUAACUCCUACUGUGUUCAGACACAUCAUAGAACUAGUGUGUCGACACCUAUGGACAAGUAACAUCCCAGCUCUAAUAAAGGAGUAUAUGUUCCACCUACUGGCCCAGUCUCUCCGCAUCCUCCACUACAGUGAGGGCACAAAUGGAUGCUCCCUUCCCACCCCCCAUCCCCACCUCAACACCACCCAAGGUGUGCUUGUACAACUCCAGGCAGAGCUUCAACGACUCUACGAGGAGGAAACAAAAGGCUGGCCCUCUGCAACACACUCUAGUGGUCAGGGCAUUGGAAUCGGUGUCAGUGACAAAGGUCGCUUCUCCACCUACUUCCAAGGUUUACUUGAGGUCAAUCUUGCAAUAGCAGAAGUCAAACACAAAGACAAUCCAAAGUCACCAUUAGGUUCUACAUCAUCAACAGAGGCUGGAGCUUCUAGCUCACUUCAUGCUCUUGGUAGUCCCACUUCUUCAGCCAAGAAGAAGAAGCUGAAGGCCAAACGAGAUAAAGAGAGAGGAGGUGCAGUGCCAAAGAGGACAGGUGGAAGUCCUCGAGUGAGUGAGAGUGAUGUUUCUACACCGAGUGCAAGUUCAUCCUCUAUGUGCACUGCCGAGUCAUCCUCCUCCACAAGUAACACUUCAGUCGUCCCCAGUACUAGUGGAGGUAGUCAGUCAGUCACCAAACCAGAGGAUAUGCUGUGGUUUCAUCGUGCCCUGACAGUCUCUCAGAUCCUCCGCUGUCUAGCCUUCAGCGAGAAACAUGGUGAAGGUGCUCUGGCUGCAGCGGUAUCUGAUGCUGCUCAGGUCUUGAAUUCUCCUUCUGCUCACAACCGUCUCCUAGUCAUCACAGGCAUCAACAGUGAGGUAGAUGCCGAGGUUAUAAAAUGUGCCAUACGCAGGGCCAGUAAACCAAGUGGUGGCAUUUACAAGGACGAUAUUUUCUUGCCAAAAGGCCGCCCUGGAAGGAAACUGGCUGAUGCUGAACCUUUACCUGGUGCAAGUGAUUUCACAAAACAGACAAAAGAGGAAGAUAAACCCACAAAGUCAGAGCCAUCAGUAAAAGACAUGAGCAAUGUCAAACCUGACCAGUUAUGUGGGUAUGCUGUUAUCAGUGUGUUGUCACGGGCAAAAGUGGAGGUGGUCCAGAAAGCUUUACUUAAGUGCAAGUCUCUGGUGGUGGCUACAUUACCAGAUCAGGAGGAUGUACAAGAUGUACCUGAGGAGAUCCUCUCAGUGGACACUGUUAACGCCUCCCUUAUUGCUGAGCGGGACGGCAACGAUGCUUUGGAGCACUACCUACAGUAUAUGUUCUUCAACAGUGACGACCAGAAAGAGAUUUCUGAUGCAGCCACUCUUGCCCUGAUAGAGAUAUUCCACAGCUGUUUUAUAAUGGAGCAGAAACAUGGUACAGGGGAAUAUAAACAAGAGUCUGGCUUUAUAUGUCUGGGUAAGGACCAGAUCCUACAGAACAUGCCUGAGAAUCUCCUCUGUGUUUUCUUCAAUCACAUUAAACCACCAAAGAAAUCCCUUGCUGAACAGGUGAUGCAGGUGCUUCGUCGCUAUGGCAUGGUGAAAUCACCUGACAAGGAAAUGUCCCCAGAUAAGAAUGGGAAGGGAAAGUCAGCCAAGAAGUCUCCUCGUUCUUCAAAGGAGAAGUUGGUGAUGGGAGUUGUUGAUAAGGCCAGUCACAAAGACCGAAAAAGUAAGGGGAAGGAUGGUGUAGAGAAAUCCUCUAAGGAAGCAGGGUCAUCAGACGCAGCAGCCAGGGGAAGCAAGUCAUGGUUACAUGAUGAUUCAAAGUACCUGACACUAGAUGGCUUCCUCCAGUAUGUACUAGAGAUGGCCAGGCAAGAUGUCCGAGCAGUCUGGAGGGCAUUCUUGUCUUGUGGAUUUGAUUUAAACUUUGAAAGGUGUGCCUGUUUGGACAAUAGCCAGGCCCAACAGAUGGCCAGUCAGUGGUCACUUGACAUGGACACUUCCCUAGUGCAAUACAUCAACGCCUUCUGUAGGAAACUUUCUGUGGCACCGUCACGUCUUCAUCCUCACGAAGUACAGUUAGCAGAAUCAGAUCUCAGUAGUGGCAUGUAUAGCUGUCUCCAAGGUGUUCCUGUGGAGAGUGUGCGUCUGAGAUUUGCUCUCCUUCAGUCCCUGAACAACACCUUGGAGACCUUCUUUCUGCCUUUGGUUGACCUUCGACCUGCCAACACCUGUAACCGCAGCACCGCUGCUCUGCUCUCUAAAGUCAGACAUCUCAUAUUCUAUGACUCCAAGAUCAACUUGAUUAACCGUGUCCUGAAUGCCACAACACAGCGAAAGCCAGACCAGGCUGCCCCUGAAGUUGUACUGGACCCUCUAGAAACAUUUAGUGGGGAGGAAAAGACAUCUGUGUCAACAUGGCUGUGUCAGGCGUUCAGACAGUUGUCAUCAGUACCCUCAAGUCAGCUCUGUGUGAGACUGGCAUGUGGAGGAGAUCCCACCUACUCCUUCAACGUGAGGCUUACAGGAGAAGAGGUACAUGGAACAAGUGGCUCCUUCCGUCAGUUCCUGUCUCAGGUAGCUAAAGAGUUACAAGGAUCACUUGUUCGGAUGUUGGUGCCGUGUAAUAGUACAAACAACAUGGGCAAACACAUCCUGAAACCCGGCUCAAUGACGUUCCCUGAGGAACGACUUCUGCAGUUUUUUGGACAGUUACUUGGGAUCACGAUGAGAGCUGACAUCCCUUUAGGUAUGGACCUGCUGAGCUGUUUCUGGAAGGUAUUGGUCGGAGUGAACCUUGACCCUGUUACUGACCUCCAGGAAGCUGACCAAAUAACUUACAACUAUGUGAAGAAAAUAGAAAUGUGUGAGUCAGAAGCUGAACUCCAGACAUUGUGUGCUGAUGUCUACCCAAGGUUUGUGUUCAACUCCCUGACAGGAGACGAGGUGGAACUGGUUCCAAGGGGUAACAAUAUACUGGUAUGUUGGGAGAACCGACAGGAAUACUUGGACGCUAUACGGUGUCUCAGGAUGCAGGAACUACAGUGUGAUGAGAGAGUACUGGCCCUCCAUUGUGGUCUGGCCUCACUCAUCCCCAUACAGUUACUUUUCCUCUUGUCUCCCCUUGACAUGGAGAUUCGUACCUGUGGUAUUCCAGUUGUUGACCUGGACUUUUUAAAGGCUCACACCAUGUACCAGGUGGGACUAAUGGAAACAGACACCCACAUAGAGUAUUUCUGGAAUACCUUAGAGGGUUUAAGUCCUGAUGACCUGUGUCGCUUCAUCAAGUUUGCCUGUAACCAGGAGCGGAUACCCCAGACAUGUCCCUGUAAGGAGGGUGGGGCUGAUUCCACACACGUACCUCCCUACCCUAUGAAGAUAGCUCCUCCUGAUGGGGCAGGUACACCAGACUCGCGUUACAUUCGGGUGGAGACAUGUAUGUUUAUGAUCAAACUACCACAGUAUUCCUCACAAGAAAUCAUGACCCAAAGAUUGUUGUAUGCGAUAAACUGUCGCGAGGACCCGCUCAGUGGCUGACCAAGCCGUGUGUGUGAUGAUUUGUUAUUCAUUGUUUGGUAGAAUGACUUUUAGACACCCUGUCAGUAUAGAUGUUUUAUAUAGAGACCUGUAUGUUUGUUACCAGGAAAAUAUUGUGGUGCAUAUUUUAGGAGAAUUUACUUGAAAAACGUCUCAUUUCUUUCUGAAAAAGAAUUGAUGGCAUAUGAUAUCUUGAUACAAAGUGAAAGGAAAACAAUUGACUUCUGUGAAAAGAAGGGAAUGUUGCUAUGACCAAUCUGUGUAAAAUGUGAUGAUGAGUCAAUAUUUGUGUAUGUUAAAAGGAAUGACAAGGUAGUUUUUGUGUAUGUUGAAAGUGAUGACUAAACAUAUUUUGUGUAUGUUGAAAGUGAUGACAAGACAAAAUCUGUGAAAGUGCAUCUUGCGCUUGCUGGUCAGAAUGAAGAAAAAAGUUUUUUUGUGAUAUUGGAUGUAAGAAUAAACUUGACCACUCUAAGUGGAGGCUGUGGAUUAGAGUCACUUAGCUGUAUUGCAAUGUGAACCGAAUCGGUGAGCUGUAUUGUGAUGUGAUCCGAGUCAGUGAACUGUAUCGUGAUCAGAUGAGUCUGACUGAUGUAUUGCAUUCUGAUACAAGUCAACCUAAUGUGAUGUGAUAUUGUGUGUUGCAACAUGUAACUGAAGGCAUUACAAUGGGAUGGUUUCUUAGUUUUCUUUCUAUAUUCUUGACUGCUGUUUGUUAUUUCUUGUUUGUUUAUGCUUGAUUUGACGUUAUUAUUCUAAAACACUAUGAAAUGUUAGUGAUUCCAAGUAACUUCAGGAAUAUGUUUUAUGUGACACCUCUCCAGACUAAGGAAACUUUCAUGUGAGGAACUGGACACAAAAGGUAUGAAAAUAUUUAAGACAGCAUAUAUAUUCUGUUACAUAAAGUGAAACAUUUCAGUCAUUUUCUAAAUGAAAUCCAUUUAUAGCAUUUAUCUUGGAAAUCAAUAAAAACAUUACCUGAUAUUGGAAUGCCAGAUCUGUAGUGUAGUUUUCCUCGAUACUCUUGAGGUUACACUCAAUAUUUACCCCUGGUUACAUUCGAUAUUGCUGUCUCUACCCCUGGAACAUAUCAUGGCAAAAUUGAAGGUUCUGUGUGCAACACCUUGUGGACAAGACAAGAAAACUAGUUUGAUCCUUUGAUAUACAUUAAACAAAUCUCAGGAUCACAUGACGGUAUGUCAUACUGGCUUUGAAGUUGGGUGUCGCUCUUUUGUAAUCUUCAAAUGAACAUAUCAGUCUGUAAUUGGUCAGUUUUUUCACCUGGAAUCAACUUUAGACUAAUCAAAAUUACUUCAUUUGUGCCUUUGAUUUCGCCAUGAAAUGUUUCAGGAAUGUAGAGCGAAAAUGAUCAUAACCCCUGGAGUAUUGAGGAUGUAAUAUAGUCUGUCUAUAUCUGUUGUAACUGUAGCCAUGACAACAUUAUUGGUGUGAUGUAUGUAAUCACAUGGCUGUUGUGCUGAGUCACUUUCGAUAUGUAGGAUACAGUCUGUUCAGAGUGGUAUCAUAACAUAAACCAACAGCAUUGAUGUUUCUUACUUCUGUGCUGUUUCUUACGUUUGUUGUGGGCUGUGUACUUUGGUCAUCAAUGGCUGGGUGCAACAUCUUCUUGACUUAUCACAUGGUUGACUGAACUUGACAGUAUGUUGUGAUAUGAUUGACCGAGCACCAAAAGAGUUUAAUCUGCAUUUAAAUUUUGAACAUAAUGUCAUGUUGUGCUUUGGUUGACUGAACACAACAGUAUGCUGUGCUUUGCUUGACCGAUUAAAACAAGUAUACAGUGCUAUAGUUGACUGGAGACAUUGAUAUGUUUUGCUAUUGUUAACUGAACUCACCAGUAUGUUGUGAUAUGGUUGACUAACACACCAGUAUGUUGUUACAUGGUUGACCGACACAUCAGAUUUUUGUUGUAUGGUUGAUUGAACACAUCUUAUACCAUGGUAUAGUUGACUGAACACAAGAGUGUUCGGUGAUAUGAUUGACUGAACACUCCUGUGUGUAGUGCUGUUUUCUUAAGCAUAACAUUAUAAUGGGGUCAGUGUUGUGUUCACACAUUAUAGUGUUGUGAAAUGUUUAGAAUUUAUUGAUAUGAAAGAUUUAAUUUAUUUGUAUGACGAUUCGAGUGAAAGGAGAUCACUCUGUUUAUAAAGCAUGUUUGUAUCAUUAAGUGUGUACUGCCAAGUGGGGAUCACAAUGAAAGAUAAAGUUUGGCACAAUUUACUAAUGUUUUAGUUAGACUUAUCAAAUUCAAGGAGAAUGCUCAUAUAUAUUUUUUUUGAAUUUGGUAAUAGAUGUGACAAAUCAAUAUUUGAUUUUCCUAAAUGUAUUGUUAGUAACUAAGAAGAACCUAGAUUAUAUAUGAUAUUGACACCUGUUUUGAUAGGUCUCACACUGCAUAAAGUUGCAUUUAAGUCUACUCUGUAGCUACAUAUCUCAAUAAUUGAUUUAACUGCGGGAGAUAAAUAUAAAUCAAGAUUAUCUGUAUUGAUGGAGGGAAAACUGUUGUCAUCUUUUUCUGAUGUCAUGAGAUGUAACCUAUCUUAGGAUAUUAGGGGAGAUAACUCCAGUUCUUCAAUAACGGGGAGGUUAAAAACACCACUGCAGUUAUAUCAAGGGAGGUAAUUCUUGGGUAUAUUAUAUUUGACUUACUAUGCCUUUUAUACGUUUACUUUACUUCCAAAUAAUUGUUGUCAUGGUAAUGUAUUAUCAUUAUAAAAGAUAUUAAAUAUCUUAUAACUG